AUGUUCAACCUUCCCAAAUUCAUAUUCAGAGUUGUGGGAUUCUCCUUUCUAAUAUGGGCUCUUCUUUCAACAAUAGUUCCUCAAGCUACCCUAAAGUUCACCCAUAAGGAUAUACAGACCAACAGUUUCCAACAACUGUCAUACCCAUACAGCUCGAUUGUCUCCCCAAGCUCACUCGAAAUAACGGAUACGAAUGUCUACUAUAUAAUUGGCCACCCAGACGAUGAGGUGAUGUUCUUUGCGCCUUCUUUGUUAGAGUUACUGAAGAGUAAGCACAACAACCGUGUACACAUCGUUUGUUUCUCCAAAGGUGACGCUGUCGACCCUUCAAUGGGUAAGAUCAGAUCCACGGAACUUGUCAACUCUGCUAGAAUCCUUGGCGUUCACGAAUCAGAUGUCCACAUUUUAGACAAGUACCAGGAUGGCAUGGAUAUAACCUGGGAGAAGGCUGACAUUGGCGCCAGCUUGAGCACGUUGAUCAAAGACAACUCAGUAUUGAUAACUUUUGACGAACAAGGCGUAUCAAAGCAUCCUAAUCAUAUUUCGCUUUACCAUGGUGUUCGCAGCUUCUUUGAAAACUACCUCAAGAGAAGGUCUACCAAAAGCAGGUUAUACGUGCUCAAAAGCUUGAACGUCUGGGAAAAAUAUUCAUUCACUCUACUCACGAAUGUGGAGCUCUUUGUGGAUUUGAUUUCGAAGCAUUUCCUCAGCAACAUCCUCAAGCUCAAUGUCAAUGUGAGCUUCUUCAACCAAGUUUCCAAAGAAGGCCCUCCUACGAUACGAUUCUACUCGGAUUUGAACAUGCUCAGUGUAUCUUACGCCGCUAUGGCUUACGGCCACUUCUCGCAAAUGGUCUGGUUCAGAUACGGGUGGCUCGUGUUCAGCCGGUACUUGACAUACAACCAUCUCAUUCAGUUGAAGUAG